AUGGUCGCUCUUUCGCUUGCUUCCCUGUCUUUGGUCGCAUCUUCCUUGGUGUCCGCCGCUCCCCUCUUCACCCAGGUUCUUACCAAUGGCAGACUUACUGGUAGCUCAUUUGGCUUGCCAGGUGCAAAUGCCACAUAUGACUACGUGAUUGUUGGUGGUGGUCUUGCCGGCUCAGUGAUCGCAACCCGUCUUUCCGAGCAACUACCCAAUCAGACUAUCGCAAUCAUCGAGGCCGGUUCUUUUGCAGAAAUAUCGAACACGAACUGGAGUCAAAUCCCGUAUUACUCUGAGCAGUUUGCCAGCGCUGAUGUCGACGAAUGGCAACCUCUGAUCGACUGGGGUUUGGCGACGGAGCCCCAGGGUGGAGCGAACGACAGAGUAUACCAUUAUGCUCAAGGAAAAUGUCUUGGUGGCAGUUCAGAGCGCAACCAGAUGAUCUAUCAUAGAUCCAGCGCAGGUGCCUACCAAGUGUUCGCCGACCACGUAGGCGAUGAUGCGUAUCUAUUUGAGAACAUGGAACCCUUCUUCAAGCGAACCUUCCACUUCAACAUCCCCAACGAGGAAGUCAGGUCGUCAAACGCCAGUGUCAAUUACACACUCGAGGGGUACGAUAUCCCUGGAACUGGUGUUGAGCUGUCGUACAACAAUUACGCCAAUGCAAUUUCUUCGUACGGACCGGCCGCUUUCGCUUCCCUCGGUGUCAAGCCAAACCCAGACUUCAACUCUGGUGAUCUACGUGGCUACGGCUACUUCCCGAGCACAAUCGACCCUGUGACUGGCUUGAGAAGCUCUGCGGAGAGCGGACUCUUGUCUCCUGCACUCUCCAAGGCUCCUCUGCUUACCGUCUAUCAGUCAUGUAUGGCAAGAAACAUCUUGUUCGAUGGCCAGAAGCGUGCUACUGGAGUCAAUGUGACAGUUGAAGGUAUCAAGCCUUUCAUUCUGAAUGCUCGCAAGGAGGUCAUUCUCUCGGCUGGUGCAUACCACUCGCCUCAGCUUUUGAUGGUUUCGGGUGUCGGACCUCAAGCAACUCUUCAGCAGUACAACAUUCCGGUCGUCUCGGCUCUUGAAGGUGUUGGCCAAAACGGCUGGGACACUGCCAACGUCGGUGGUCCCUCGUUCAACAUCUCGACCGUCUCGGCAUCACGUCUGGGUUACCAAGGACCCGCACUGGACGAGGCGACAGCACAACUCCUCGCCAACGGAUCAGGUCCUCUGUCCAACAUCGGCGAGGACUUUUGGGCAUGGGAGAACAUUCCCUCUGAGCUUCGCACAAACUUUUCUCAGUCGACCAAGGAUGCGUUCGCAGCAUUCCCUGAAGACUGGCCUGAAUUCGAGUUUGUCCUGUCUAACACGGGCAGAUCGCUGUCCUCUACAUCGUCGAGUAAAAAUGACCUCGGCGCUAUUGGUGUAUUGAUGGUUGCAUCGACCAGUCGCGGAAACAUGACCAUCAAGAGCACCAGCAACGACGUCGCUCCUGUCAUCUCGCCCAAUUGGCUCCUCGACCCCGAAGACCAAGAGAUGGCUGUCGCUGGUUUCAAGCGCGGACGCCAAAUUGCUCAAGCACUAGGCAACUACCAAGGCGAAAUUCUGCCUGGCUUGAACGUCACCAGCGACGCAGACAUUUUGAAGUGGAUCCAAGAGACGGGUGUCGGUGCCAUUCACCACUGCAGUGCGCUUUGCGCGAUGGGCAGAUCGAACAACACGAUGGCUGUUGUGGACUCCNNAAAGGCGAGAGUGUAUGGUGUGAGUGGAUUGAGAGUUAUUGACUCGUCGAGUCUGCCGUUUACUCCUCCGGGUCAUACGCAGGGUACUACUUAUGCCCAUGCGGAAAAGCUGGUGCAGGAUAUCAUCAAUGCUGCCAAAGGACAGUCUUGA